GUAUUAUUGAAAAAAUAUCCAGGGAGUCAUUUCCGGCCAGGAGAGCCGAGUACAGCUAUAAGAUUGUGUGUAUGAUGGCCUCCUCAGAGCAGGACGUGGAGCUGCAGAAGGUUGGUGCUGCAGCAGAGGCGGCGUGUAAGGAAACGUCUCCGGACUCUAAGUGUCCGAUCUGUCUGGACCGUUUCAGGAACGUUUCGUACGCGGACAGGUGCUUCCACCGGUUCUGUUUCCGCUGCAUCCUGGAGUGGGGGAAGAACAAAGCCGAGUGUCCGCUGUGUAAACAGCCCUUCAGCUCCGUGUACCACUCUGUCCGCUCCGAGGACGACUUCAAACUCCACCAGCUGCGUCCGUCCCAGAACGGCUCCUUCGGCAGCGUGCAGGGUCAGAGGUUCCGCUACCGGACCACUCUAACGCACCAGCGCCGCAGGGACGGAUGGACACGCGGCAGCUCUCACCGACAGGAAGUGAUGCGUUUCCGGCGCUGGCUGUACCGGCGUGGUGUGCGGGUGCGCGGCGUGCGAGAUGGUGGUCGUUCCCGGGACACGUCUGCUGAAUUCUUCCGGAAAAACCCGGCAUGUCUGCACCGACUAGUUCCAUGGCUGAAACGGGAGCUGGCAGUGCUCUACGGGUCACAUGACUCAGUUGCUGAUGUCGUUCUUCAGGUGAUAUUGUCCCUGAUCACACGUCUCGAUAUGCAAGAUGAGACCUUCCUGCGGGAACUCCGCCCCUUCCUGUCAUCACGAACCGAGCACUUCCUGCACGAGUUCCUGAGUUUCGCAAAGUCACCGUUCAACAUGGAAGCGUACGAUCACCACGCUGUUUACGAUUGCCCCGCCCCCUUACACAUGUCUGUAGUUUCAGAGGAUGAUGCAGACAUUAGCUCCGCUCCUUCACCCUGGGAUGAUGAAACUCCAGGUCCAAGCUAUUCCAGCUCCACGCAAAGUAUGUUUACCGUAACCGUUAGUGACUCGGAUGUAGACAGCGUGAGUGAUGACGAAGAGGAGACUGUAAGUGUUAAUGCUAAUGCUACCGCUAACAUUAAUGUCGCUAACGCUGCAGUAGAUGAGGACGAUCACAGCAGCGAUGGAGACUGCGUCAUCAUAGGCUUCAUCAAACCCUCCGCCCAGCGGACUCCCGAGCUCGUCCAGCUGUCUUCUGACUCUGACGCCUCGGUGCAGGAAGAGCCAGAACCGGCUACCUCCAGAGAUCUGACCAAUCAGAGAAGCCAGAAUACAGACGAUGCCCCCGCCCACUCUGGUACAAAACACAACUCAAAGAGUAAACACAGGGGCAGGGACUGUUCCUCACGCAGCCACAGGCGGCGCUCUCGCUCACUCAGCUAUAAGCACAGAAGAAGAAGCAGAGAAACCACUCACAGCUCUCCAUCCCACAUGUGCUCACACACACCCCACAGACACAGCAGAUACACCGAUACACACUACAGCCGAGACACACCGCUACCGGCACAUGCACGAUCACGAUCUAGAACUCAUUCACGUUCAAGGUCUAGAACCCGUCCAUUCUCUAGGUUUAGUGCUCGUGCAUGCUCACGGUCAAGAUCUUAUACACGCUCGGGGUCCAGAACUCGCGCGCGCUCGGGGUCCAGAACUCGCGCGCGCUCGGGGUCCAGAACUCGCGCGCGCUCACGGUCAAGAACUCGCGCGCGCUCACGGUCAAGAACUCGCGCGCGCUCACGGUCAAGAACUCGCGCGCGCUCACGGUCAAGAACUCGCGCGCGCUCACGGUCAAGAACUCGCGCGCGCUCACGGUCAAGAACUCGCGCGCGCUUCUACAGUGUAAGUUGGAGAAUGCAAGCUACUCUCCAGAACAGGAAAUGCUCAGUAAGCCCCUCCCCUUCCUCACACAGGAGGUUGAGCCAUGACAAGCUCUGUGGAAAGCAGCAGCAUAAAUCCCUGCAUGGGGAGAGCAGGAGGAGGAGGAGGAGGAGCAGAGAGAAGCGUCAUCAUCACAAGAAGAAGAAGAAGAGAAGGCGGAGCUCCAGCAUGGUGGUCGGUGCUGAGCGUAGGAAGCAGCAUCGUCAUAAGAAAAAACACAAGAGAGAAAGGAGGAAUAGGAGUAAGAGGAUGGGGCGGGGCUCCGGGGCGAGCUCCCCCACUGUCCUCACAAUCCACACUGACCCAGAGUCUGCUGAAGAGGCCACGUCCCUUAGAGAUGCUGCAACACCACACAGCGAGCCUCUGAAUUCCUGUCCAACCUGCGCCAACACCACAACUCAUAACAGCACAGCUUUAAACUGUGCAUGUGAUAAAACUCCCUUGAAAGAGUCACCACCAUACGGCCCAUCAAACAUCACGCCUCCAAAUAAUUCCCCAUGACCCAGCCGAGCCUCAAACACAGACUCCCCGCGUCACCUCUCUGCACCUGCACAGAGCAGCCAAGCCGAGCUCCCCCUUUAAUACCUGCAGAGCCGUCAUUAUUGUGUCAAACAGAUUUAAGGCAUAAAAUCCUAUAAAUUGUGGCAGGACAAUCCAGAUUAAAGUGUUCAAACCAUUUUAUAUGCUAAUUACAUCAUCCUAAUGACGUCAUGUAUUUUCUGAUGUGUUUCUAUGGAAACAAGUGAACAAACAAAUGACUGAUCUGUGUUAAAAUCGCCUUAUUUUCAAACUGAGACUUCGAACAUUACAGUGCUGUUGAAAUCUGUUUUUAAAGUCGGAUGAAGCACUUAUUUUUCAGACUGCCUGUAAAUAUUAAAGAUGAUUUGAAUUUCA